AACUCUUAAUAUAGUAUCAAUACGCUCUGGUAGGCAAAAAUGGUCGCUAAGAUUGGUGCCCCCGCUCCCAAGUUCAAGGCCCAGGCGGUCGUGAACGGCGAGAUCAAGGAGAUCAGCCUGGAUGACUACAAGGGCAAGUACGUGGUGCUCUUCUUCUACCCUCUGGACUUCACCUUCGUGUGCCCCACAGAGAUCGUGGCCUUCUCUGAUCGUGUGGAGGAGUUCCGCGCCAUCAACACCGAGGUUAUCGGCGCCAGCAUUGACAGCCAGUUCACCCACCUGGCCUUCAGCAACACCCCCCGCACCAAGGGUGGCCUGGGCGGCUGCAAGUACCCCCUGGUGGCUGACCUGACCAAGCAGAUUGCCAAGGACUACGGUGUCCUGAUUGAGGACGGCCCCGACGCCGGCGUCACCCUGCGCGGCCUGUUCAUCAUCAGCCCCACCGGCGUCCUGCGCCAGAUCACCAUCAACGACCUGCCCGUGGGCCGCAGCGUGGACGAGACCCUGCGCCUGGUCAAGGCCUUCCAGUUCACCGACGAGCACGGCGAGGUGUGCCCGGCCAACUGGAACCCCGGCGCCAAGACCAUGAAGGCCGACCCCACCAAGUCGCUGGAGUACUUCUCCACGCUGUCGUAAAGCAACUCGCCCCACUAGGAGGAGUUUGUUGCGGAGGGUCGAUGGUCGUUGUGAGUUGAUGUGGACGUUGGCGGACUCGGCCUUGGCGGAUGAGAGCAGGAUUUGGUGCCCAGGAAGCAGACGGGAGUGCGUUCUGCGCACAGGCUGUGCUCGUGUGCUUCAGGACGGACGCCUAUGACUGCCGGGUCGCAGGAUGGGUUGCAUAGUGCGCAAUGCACUUGCUUAAUGGGUAAUGCACGCCGCGUAGGUGGGCAGGUACAAGCAGGCUCCGAGCCAGCAUACCCAUCAGGUACUAUCGCAUAAAGCCAAACAGAGCAUCUGCAUUGGAAGCUCUUGGGAUGCGUUGGAAAUGUCAACGCCGUUGUGCACCCGUGUUUCAAUCAAGCCACGGUCCUUGGGCCUUGUGGCGCUGUAACAUUUGACGAUG